AUGCACUCGAAUUUUAGCAAUAUGAACUGCAAAAGCAACGAGCUGUUCUUGAAAAAGAGAAGAUCGUUGAAUGAUGUAGCCUAGAGUUAAAAAGAGCCAAUAUGGACUCCUAACUCAGCCUUGACUCCUGAUUAAAGUAUUGUUUCACACAUUAUGAGCCAACAAUAAUGUCUCAUACAAUCUCCAAAAUUAGGUAAAUAUCAGAAGUUUCUUAACAGCAGUAUGACUAAGGGACAUCAAUAGUCAUCUAUUACUUAAAAUUUCAGAAAGCUUAACAUAAACAAGGAGAUACUGCAUAGUAUGGAGCAGAGUUUUCAGAUGAUUUAUCAAAAAGAAAGGUUGAGAGAUGCCUAAGGUGGUUCGACUCUUAUCUAAAGGAAAAGCCAUAAUAAUGCAUCUAAUAAUGAUCAGUAUUACUUUAGAGAUGACUUCAGAAAAAACCAAAUUAUUCAUGAGGAUCAGAUGAGCUUGAAAAGUGGAACUCUGAAACUUAAAGAUGUAUAUGUUUAGUAAAAGCUAUUCGAAAAACGCUAUUAAAAGAGUAUCAGCUAGAAGCCCACAACAGUUUCUCUCUACAGUAAAAGAUCCAUAACUCCUUCAAAGAUUGAAAUUGUCUGUGAAGAGAAUAAAGAUAAAAAUUAACCAACUGCAAACAAUAGCAACAGCCUCAAUAAAAAUCCAAAGUAUAAUCAAGAAGAUGGGAAAAGUGUAGCCAAGCAUAAAAUUUUCAGGAAUAGACUCUCAGUAACAUAGGACUAUCUAGAAAGAGAAAUAGACCUUAACUUUAAGUUAUUUGAGUUAAGAUAAUAGAAUCAAACAUUCAGAGAUCAUGAUUCAAAAGAACUAUUGUGUCUAGUUGAGGGAACACAGGCUUUAAUCAAUGAACAGUUUGAUGAUUUGCUAGAUUUCAAACCAGAAAAUAACAUUGUGGAAGAUAGUCAUUUGUCUAUAGAUACAUUCAUGGACUUGUUUAUAAAUUUAAGCAAGAAUUACAGAUACCUACUGAGAGUAAUUAAAGCAUUGACUGACUAGUUAGAAAAUAAGGAUACAUAAUUCUAAGCUUUGAAGUGUUUUAGUGUCUUUUGGAAGUCUGUAACUUUAGUCACUGAGUAUUUUAUGCAAAAUAGGAGUUUAUCUCUUAGGAAAGCAUCUGAAAUGGCUGAUUAAACUUAUAAUGAAAGGUUUUCAGAUCUUUAAUCUAAAAAUGAUAAUCUGCAAAUAUAAAAUGACAUGCUUCUUCUUAAAUUGAAAAGCUCCACUAAGCAAAUGACAGAUACCAUAGAUAAAUUAAACAGCGAUAAGAAGUAGCUUCAAGAAAUUUUACAAGAUAGAGAAAAUGAGCUAAAAUUGAUUCAAGAUCCAAGACAAAUGAGAGAACUAAAAAAUUUACUAAAUGAGUUAGAUCAGAAUAUGCAAGUAGUGGACAAGGAAAAGCAGAUUUAGUAUAAUGAAAUGUAAGCUUGUGUCGGUAUCAUUCACUAGUAUAAGCUUGAAUGGGAGGAGAAAAAUCGAAGUCAAAUGAAUAAAAAGAUAAUACUUAGAAGAAUAAAAAAGGGUGUUAAUCAUUAAGUAAUCGAUAAAGCAAUCGAUUAAAAGAGAGAAGCAGAGCAUUCAGUAAUAAAGUAAAAGAGAAAAAUAGAAGAAUUUGAGGUAGAGAAGGAUUCUAUGAGAGAUGAUGUUAUGAAGGAACUUAUGUUUGAGAUUAUGGGUAAUGAAAUCGAUCUCUAUAUGGAAUUCAAGAAUCAGAAAGAGGCUAUGAUCAGAAAAGAAAAAAUAUUAGGUGAACUAGCAAAUAUAAUAAGGCAUGUCUAGGAAUUAGAUGAAGAUGAUGAGUAAUAUAAGAUUUCGCAGUUAAAGAUCGAUAAGUUGCAAUUAGAACUUGAUAGAAUUAAUAAAGGCUUCAUUGAAGGUUACAAAUACAUUUAAGUAAAGUAGAAAACCAUAGCUGUUAAAGAAGUAAAACCGUUAUUCAUCCUUGAUACUAACUAAAAGAAUAAUCCUAUCGUUAAAGCGAUUUCUUAAUUAAUGAAUAGUACCUAAACUUCAGCCAAGCAGUAAGGAUUUGAUCCAAAAAAUAAACUAGCUGAUCCUAUGAUAAUUAAAAUGAUGGAAUAAACAAUGGAGGAAAAGGUUAAGUCAGAUUUGGAAAAUAUAUCCUCUGAUAUUGAUCAUAAGAAGGCCUAGACUUUUGCAUCCUUUUUGUAUGAUUCAAUUCUUAUGCAAUACGGUCUAAAAACUAUUGCAGUAAAGAAUGUGAUUUAGCUAUGUAAUGGUUUGAAAGUUCAGUAAAGCUAAGCCUAUGCUAAUUAUCUUGGUCGAAUUAUAGGCAUACUUCCUCCUAGUUUGGAUAGAGAUUAGAUAGAUAGCAAUAAUUUAGGUCAAGGAGGAGAGUGCGCAGUUUGUGACUUGAUGGAUGAAUUCAAAGUUAUUUUUAAGGAUGAUAAAGAGAUGCUCGAUAGGUUUUUAACAAAUUUAAAGCCUGAUUAAAUUCAAAAGAUGGACGAGACAAAUUCAGUGGAUUACAAAAAGAAAAUUCUGGAGUUUUGUAUGGUUAAAAUCAUAUAUAAAGUCUCUAAAAUUGGAAAAGAUAUUAAGCACAUUUAUGAUGUCUUGGAUUAAGAUAAAAGCGGAUCAUUGGAUCAAAAAGAACUAAUUGGUGGGCUUAGAGGUUAACUUGCUAUAUUUAUAACAGAUGAAGAAUCUGAGGAAUUAGUAAAGUACCUUGACAGUGACGGUAGUGGAGACAUUGACUUUAAAGAAUUUUCAAAGAAAGUUAAUUUCAAGGAUCUCCAAUAGAAGCAGCAUUAUUAUACAAUCUCUAAAGUUUAAUACCUUGACUGUCUUAUUAAAGAAUGGGAGCUAUUUAAACGACGAGAAAAUGGCAAAAUUAGAGACUUCUUCUAUAGAUUUGAUGAAAAUGGCGAUGGAGUUCUUGCUUUUGAUGAAUUCGAAACUUUGAUUAAGGCUCUUGACCCAAAUAUUAAAAAGAAAUAAGUAGUCAAUCUCUUCAGCGAAACUUUGGAUGGUUAAGAUUAACUGGAUGAUACUUUAAAUAUUGAUUCAUUUAUUCAAACAGUAACCAGUAAUAAGAUUGGUGGGUUCGGAAAGGUCUUUUUCUAAGACUACAUAAUUUGGAGUAUGAAUAAUAAGAACAAGAAUAUCACUCCUAAGAAAAUUAUUAAGUGA